AUGUCUCAUCAUGAUUUUGUCGAUGCGGAGUCGCGUAAUCGCCUACCGACCCUCUUUGAAGUGCUCAGCCGCCGAACUCUCGCCCCGGUCGACCUCUUUUCAUUCUACAUUUACAUGCGCGACCAGCAGCGUUCCGUAGACUAUCUAGACUUUUGGCUCGAUGUAUCACAACACAUGCUACUGUGCCGGCACUAUGUCCGUGAACUCCGCCGUUCCGUCCUCGUCGCGACCCCUGAUAUGGAAAGAGCCGACAGCAAACGAUCUUCCACCAUGCUUGACAAUCUGGAGAACCUAGGUGAUAUCCCGCUGACGGAGGCCGGGCCUUCUCGCUUACGACACGGAUUCCAAGAAAACGAGAAGGACAGAGAUGCCGACCAACGCCUGUCUGCAUUCCUUCGCUCCGAAGGCCAAACCACAUCACCCUCCCGGCAAAACAGCCUGGGAUCUUCCGGCGAAUCAGCACACCAAAUCUCUUCGUAUGGUGAUGGCCGUGACACCCCGGACUCCCGGCUUAACGACUCAACCUCCCCUGGGCACACAGUGGCCCGCAACGACAUUCGCGCCAGUGCUGAGAAGAUCUUGUACACAUAUCUACUUCCCGGUUCUGAGCGAGAGAUUAUGCUACCAGAAACAAUGGUUUCCACAAUUAUCAACCUGGUCGAAGAUGACGGCCGAGACGACCCUGAAGUCUUCGACCCCGCCAAGGACUAUGUGUUCCAAGCCAUGGAACGUGAUGCAUUCCCAGGAUUCUUGCAAGCAAAGGCCCUUGGAAAUAUGGUUCCCUUGAGUAUCAUCUUGCGCCUUGCCUUUGCUCUGAUUAGUUUCGGCGGAGGAUUCUGGGGUGCCUUCUACGUUGUUCUGCGGAAUAAGCCCCGGAACAUUCGUUGCUGGAUCAUCCUUCCAUUUGCUGUCGCUGCAUACUUCAUCAUCUCUUAUCAGUACAAGAUCGACCCCGUCAUGGCGUUCUUGGGCUACAGUGAAUACACCUUUAUGAACUGGGCCCCAAUUCGCGAGCCCUACGUUCGAAAGCUGCUGAACAAGCGCGCCCUCGUCACUGCAUUAAUCGCCUUCAUCACUGCAGCAGCUCUGAGCAUCUUGUUCAUCUUCGUCCCCGGUACCAUGCUGUGA